AUGGCGGACAGUCUAGAAAGACAACGUCCCUCGAUCGAGCCGGUCAACAAUGAACCCCGGACCAAGGAUCCACAGGCAGAGCAGCUGCUGGCUACAGAAGAUGACAACAACGAGGGCGACCCGUCGAGCAUAGCCGCUGCUGCAGCAGAUGCGGCGAACCGGAGUGGCAAACGAGGUAAAAUCGGCCGCCGGGCGUGCGACGGCUGCAAGGUGCGCAAGAUACGAUGCUCCGAGCUUCCCCCUUGCGACAGAUGUGUCAAGGUUGGCAUUGCGUGCACCUUCAACCACGUACAGGGCUUGCGCGGCCCGCGAUCUCUGCGCGAGAAGACCAUCCGCCGGAUCAAGACGGUACAGGAGGCCCCUUCUGCGGCACAGCAACGACAACAAGAACAACAACAACAGCAGCAGCAGCAGCAUGCCGCUGACGAACCAGCGCUCUCAACAUCCCCCGUUCAGCAAAAAUCACAACCCACCCUCCUAUCAACGCUCGUCUAUCUGCUUUGCACCUAUCGUCUCCGGCUCUUCUCAGUAUGGCCUAUAGUGGCCGUCGAGGAGGUCAUGGCCGAGCUGCACCGCAACCCCGAGGACCUCUCGACCUACGCCCUGGCCAACGCCAUCGCGGCGGCGACCGUGGCGCAGCUCAAACUCGACGGCGACGGGCAGAAGCCGUCAUCCGCAACGCUCGAGGCUGAGGCGCGCCGAGCACGGAGGGCCAUCAUCGAUGGGCAGGACAUCGAGGACGACGACGAGGACGACGACGAGCCCCUGAUGAACCUGGACUCGCUCCGCACCACCUUCUUCCUGCACAUAUUCCACGAGAAUCAAAAGCCCGGCGGCGCAAAGUCGCUCAUGUAUCUGCGCGAGGCCAUCACCAUCGCCCAGAUGAUGCGGCUGCACGACGAGGCGUCCUACUCGGGCUCCUCUGGCCCCGAACAGAUGAUGCGCAGGCGGAUCCUGUGGCUACUAUUCGUCACCGAGCGGGGCGUUGCGGUCCUGCAUGGCCUGCCCCGGGUGUUGAACCCCAGUCCGAGUGCGCGUUUCCCGUCCCUCGGCGGCUUUGGAGACAGGAAGAGAGCGGGUGAAGAAGAAAAGGAUGACGAGGCACACGUCCUCCCGGCGUUUAGAAAGCUCAUUGAUCUGUUCUGGAUAUUCGACAGGUCUGGGGCCUUUGAUAUGCUCGGCGAGUCCGGUGGUAGCAACUCCCCGUCAAGGCCGGUCGGGGCGGCAGGCACACCGACGGGGGCGGUUCUCGACGCCGCAGCAACACCACCGGCCGAAUCCAACUCGAGCAAGUUGCAGAGGUGUUUUGCGCUGCUCAGGCAGCACCAGUUCCACGACGAUCAGCAGGCCGAAGCUAACCCAAGCGACGCAGGUGCUGAUCCUCUUGGCGAUGUCCAAAAGGCAGAUGUCCUGGUCACGCAGCUGUGGAUGCAGGCCGUCCUGUGGAAGCUGUUGCUGAGGCGUCGCCCACAACAUCGACAGCCCGAAGCGCUGGUGCACACGCAGCCGCUGCAGAUCGCAACCGACCUGAUCAGGAUAGUCGACUGUCUGCCGGCCGCCGCUCUGGAGUCCCACGGGCCGACGAUGGAGCUCAAGAUAUUCGAUAUUGCCAGUGCCGUGGUGGAUCAGCUGUCAAUGUCCAGCAACGCGAGAGUUGUGUGGGAUGAUGGUCGCAACAGCGCCGAGGGAAUUCUUUCCGAGUUGCAGCGAAUUCUUAGCGGCUGUCGAGGUGGAAACACGAAGCUGCUGGCUCUUCUUCGGGCCAAGAUUGAUGGCCAGAGAGGUGCUGUGGGCCAGGACAGAUGCCUCGUCGACCAAGGUCCCAGGAUGAGAUAUUCCGACCGAACUGGUAACCUUUUUGAGCAUUCCGGACCUUCGCUGGGCCAUGGUCAAGUGCUCGGCUAUCAAGAUAGGUUGGAGGGAAGAAGAGUUCAAGACACAUUCGACAGCUCGAGGGCUCAGCUUUACGCCCCAGUUGGGCAAGGCUUACACCUUACGCAGGUAAGCGCGGGAGACAUGCUCCUCGGCAUGUCCAGCGACGUCGAGGGUCUUCAGGUGCCCAUAGACGGAAUGGUUGACUCUGGAGCGGCACUGUUUGCCGAGCUGGCAUCGAACGGGGGCUUUAUGUGGGAUGCGAGCCUUUCCAAUGAUCGAAUAGGUAUCUGGCCUGCAUGUGUGCCAAACUAA